GGGUCGGCCCAAAACCCAAACCAAAUUCUUCUCUUUUACGCUCCGCUGUGUCUCAGUCAUCAUCACUGUCAUCACUUGCACAGCAGCAGGAGCUUCAGCAAGCAAGAGCGUCAUCAUCAAACAUGGACCCACUCUCCGCCCUCCGCGACUUCACAAUCCGAGGCGAGUUGGAGAAGAUCGUCCGAGUCAACGACGAGUUCCGGUUCGACACAGACUACAGCUUCCCCUGCCACGCCGAGACCGCCUACCGGUCCAAGCAGGGCAAUCUUUAUACCCUCGAAACUCUCCUUUAUUACGUCACCAACCACCACCUCAAGCACACCGACUACAUCCAGAGCGCCCGCACCCAGGGGAUCCCCUCCGUCACUUUCCCCGACCGCAAGCCCCUCCUCGACUACCUCACCGGAAAGAUCUCCUCUUCCGACUCUAUCGAAUUCCUCCUCCCCCCUCAAAACGACGCCGUCCAUCCCAAACUCCCCAGUCUCGAUCCGAACGUCAACAGCGGCAUCAACAACGACAGCAACGAUUACGGUACGACUGAUUCUAGGGUUUUCAGUCAAAUUGAGACCCCGGUGGACUACAUGUCGUUGAUUUGCUCCGGCGAGAGGCCGUUGAAGGACCGGGAAGGCUUGUUGGAGUGUAAAGGGAGGAACUUUUACGGCGUUUUGACUUCGGCGACCAAGCGAGAGGAGGAACGACAGCGUAUCGAGUCGCAGCAGAGGAAAGACGGGUUGGUGGCGAAGAGUAGGCUAAUGGGUUCGGACGAGAGGGGCUUGACCGGGUUCGGAGACGAAUCGGGUUACGACCCGAAUCCCAAGCCCAAAUUGCACUUGAAGGGUGGUAAAAUUGGGGAAGGUGUGCCCAUAAUUUUGGUGCCCAGUGCGUUUCAAACGCUGAUUACGAUUUACAAUGUGAAGGAGUUUUUGGAAGAUGGGGUUUAUAUACCAACGGAUGUGAAGGUGAAGCAGAUGAAGGGGGCUAAGCCUGACUGUGUGACGGUGCAGAAGAAGUUCAGUAGGGAUAGGGAUAGGGUGGUAACGGCGUAUGAGGUCAGGGAUAAGCCCUCGGCGUUGAAGGCCGAGGAUUGGGAUCGGGUUGUGGCGGUUUUCGUGUUGGGGAAAGAGUGGCAGUUCAAGGAUUGGCCUUUCAGGGACCAUGUUGAAAUUUUCAAUAAGAUCGUGGGAUUUUUCAUGCGUUUUGAAGAUGACAGUGUGGAGUCAGCUAAAAUUGUGAAGCAGUGGAAUGUAAAGAUCAUCUCGAUUAGCAAGAAUAAGCGGCAUCAAGAUAGAGCCGCGGCAUUAGAGGUGUGGGACAGACUAGAAGAAUUUGUACGGUCACGGUCACAUUCUUGAUGUGCGUCAAGUUUUGGGGAGAAAGAUGUAUGCAGCUAUCUCAUGUUGGAGAUCACUUGGAUUUUGGUGCCUGCCUGUAACUUUAAAGUUUAGUUACAAAAUUUUGAGGAUAUUAUAACCUUAUGUUUUUAGCUGACUGGAAGUUAUAUCAAUCAAGAGAAGAGUACAUGGAAAAAUGAUUGGUUGGUUGAAUAUCAAGGGUAGAUAUUUGAAGAUGGAUUUUGCCAUUUUACAAUUUAUGCAAAGUUUUGGCACGCAUUUGGCUGCUCGCACAGUUAUUUUAAAGGAUUUCUAAUUUAUCUUUGAACUGAUUGAGAAAAAGCAGCCGGCUCCCUUGAAUCAGCUUCUCCUGAGAUUCUUCAGCCAGAGUCCUAGACACUGCUUGGCUUGCUUGGAAUUGCUGGAUGUUUUACAUAUUUGCAAGCUUUGGAGUGUACAAGACCAACCAUCAUCUCCGACCGAUGCCAAAGCCAACCGGAUGGGCAAACCUUGUCAUACAGAAAAUGCGUUGAGUGGAACUGCUAUGUGGCUAUGCCAGAGAAUGGAGAUUGAAGAGCUUAUUUGUAUUAAAGCCCUAAUUUUGUUUAUGCUGGUGUUAAAGUUGCAGUCUUAUAUUUUCUCCUUUACGGAGGCCUUUAUGUAAUGCCAGUACCCCUGAUUGAUAUUCAGUAUCAUAAAUCUUGUAUAAUUUAUGCUUUUCAGUGCAA